CUCUCUUUAGGGUGCAGCACCGCCAAGAUCCCGUCGGGAGGAUUGAGUGAAAGUUGUAGUUGGCAGAUUCGAAAUUCCAAACCAGCACCCACCACCAUCCCAUAACACCAACAAAAGCAUGGGUCCUCAUCCCCCGACCUCAGAAUGCUGACAAAAGCCAGUGUUUCCAAAAAUGUAACUGUGCUUCGCGCCAUGGCUGGGCACACCCAAGAGGAGGUAUAUAAGGACCAAACGGGUCAGGAUGCCUACCACUGAGCACCAGCAUCGAGCACAGCAUCGUCACCGAGAACAUAAUCAUAACGUCUCUAACCACCAAUCAAGCUCUCCACCCACCAGGAACCAUGUCUUCCUCCAACGACUACCCCAACGACUACCCCAACGACUACCCCAAGCCCAUCUCCUUCACCAAGAAGUGGCACACUAAGCCCUACCCGUUCAUCUCGCCCUCGCGCCCCGAGCUCUCGGCGGCGGGCAAGAACGUGGUGAUCACGGGCGGGGGCAGCGGCAUCGGCAACGCCAUCGCCGUGGCUUUUGCCCAGGCCAACGCCAAGUCCGUCUCCAUCCUCGGCCGCCGCCGGGAAACCCUCGAAGCAGGAGCUGAGAAGGUCACCACCGCGGCCACGGAAGCGCAAACUCCAACCCAGGUCCUUUUUGAGACCGUCGAUCUCCGCCAGCGCAGUGCUGUCGACCGGGCCCUUGCAUCGAUUGUUGCCCAGGUCGGGAAGGUCGACAUUUUCGUCUCGAAUGCAGGAACCUUACCCACGCUGGGGUUGAUCCGGGAGUACGACGUGAAAGACUAUCUGGGGGGUGUGGUUGAAAAUCUUCAAAGCGCGCUCAAUGCCGUCCAGGGAUUUCUGUCCGUCGCGGGGCCGGACCCCGUGCUGCUGAAUACCUCCUCGUGUCUGGCGAAUGUGGCCCCGAUGCCGGGCAUGAGUGGAUAUGCGGUGUCGAAGGCUGCAGUGCUGAAGAUGAUGGAACACGUCGCCGCAGAGAAUCCUCAUGUGCGCGUGGUGAGUGCGCAGCCCGGCUGGGUGGCGACGGAGGGCAAUGGCUAUCAGGCCGAGGCGCCGGAUCAAGCUGAGUUGCCGGGUCAGUUCUAUGUCUGGCUGGCUUCUGCAGAGGCGGAAUUCCUCAAGGGGAAGUUUGUGUGGGUGAAUUGGGAUGCGGAGGAGCUGGUGCAACGAGCCGAGGAGAUUCGGGGAUCCAAGCUCCUGAAUUGGAUUGUCGAGGGUGUGCCCAUGUAGAAGGGAUUGCAAUGGAUGAGUUCAUCUUGUCGGGGUUUGAUACCGAGGAGUGUUGACUCUUCCGCCCAGGACAGAUUCCUUGUUUGACUUGCUUUGUUCCUCAUGACUUGCCUGGGCAUCCUUCUUGUU